AUGUUUGAAGAUUUAUCACCAGAGAAACCGUUUUUCAGUUAUUUAUGUGAUAAAUAUUUUUAUUCAAGCGAAUCGUUAACAUUUGUAAUUUGUAUUCUUACAACAUUUGAAAUAACAUUUUGGACUUUGAAUUUACUUCUUCUUUAUAUUGAAUAUAAUGAUAUACCUGCUAUUGACAAGUAUCGAAUACAAAAAAGUAGACCAAAGCUUCGCUUUCAACCGGAGGUUGUCUGCAAAAUUAAAAGUGAAACCAUAAAAUACAAAGUACUUGUUCUAUGUUUGUUGCCACUACUAUAUCAAAUAUUCAAAAUAAUCGGCCCUGCUAGUAUUCGAUCGCCCAUUCCGUCACUAUUAACGAUUGCAUGGCAAUUGAGUGUAUUUAUGGUCGUAGAGGAUACUGUAUUUUUUUGGACACACUAUUUAUUUCAUUUUGGUUGGCUAUAUAAACAUAUACAUAAGAAACAUCAUAUUUUUAAACAACCAACUGGUUUCGUGGGUCCAUUAGCUCACCCAUUAGAGACAUUAUUUCAAAAUCAACUUGGUAUUUGGCUUGGACCCUGUCUAAUUAAAGAAAAUCAUAUAUUUAUAUUAAUCUUAUGGACAGUAAUACGCACUUAUCAGGCAAUUCAUGCUCACUGUGGUUAUGAUUUUCCCUAUAUAACUCCACAAUAUUAUUUCCGAUGGUUUUACAAUGGUCCGGUAGAACAUGAUUAUCAUCAUGAAUAUGGAAGAAUGAAUUAUGCGAGUUUUUUUACAGUAUGGGAUCGAUUAAUAAAAACAAGAAAACGGUGUGAGUAUUGAGAUGGUUGAGUCCUUUCAUGAGCAAUCCUAGAUCCACAUCCACACUCUGAAAAACGAAUAGACUAACAUUAAUAUCUUUGCCGUUUCUAUAAAAUCAAACUAUUGCUUAGAUUACUUAAACAUUUAUGAAAUUAAUUACGAUAUCAAAGAAUAGAUUUCAGCACAUUAAAAAAUAAUACUAGUCUUUGACUUUUAUUUUGUAUGUUUUCAUUAAUCGAUCCCAUACUGUAAAAAAACUCGCAUAAUUCAUUAUUCCAUAUUCAU